AUGUCACGAGUAAUAUUGAGUCCCGAAUCAUUAAGCCAAGUCACCGUAUUGAGUCAACCCCAUUUGACUCAGCCCCAUACGAACAUCUGGCUAUACUUAUUCUAA